AUGAAGACACCAACAAGAAUUUCAUUUGAAAAAAAACUACACACUCCACCAAGUGGAGAUCGUGACAUUGAAAGAUCACCACCCAGGAAAUUUUUAAGAAGUUUAUCUGGUAAAGUUUUUAGAAAGACACCAGACUUUAAGAAGCAACAGAUGCCCACAUUUGGAUAUGUAGAAGACAGUCAAUUCACUCCUAACCUUGGUUUGAUGAUGUCCAAAAGAGGAAAUAUACCUAAACCCUUGAAUCUUACAAAACCUAUAUCUCCCCCACCAAGUUUGAAGAAAACAGCAGGAUCAGUAGCAUCUGGCCUUUCAAAAACAGGACAACUUAGCGCUUUACAAUCACCAGUAAAUAUCACAAGCAGCAACAAAUACAAUAUCAAAGCUACAAACCUAACAACUAGUUUACUCCGAGAGUCAAUUUCUGAUUCUACAACAAUGUGCGAUACUUUAUCAGACAUCAAUUUAACUGUUAUGGAUGAAGAUUAUUGCACCGAUGGAGAUUCAUACUAUGAGGAAGAUUCACCAACUUUCAUGAUUAACUUGGAAAGAAACAUAAAAAAAUGUAAUUCACAAUUUGGUCCAAAAAGGUACAUAGGUGAGAAAUGCUUAAUUUGUGAGGAAAGUAUCAGCUCCACAUUUACUGGCGAAAAAGUUGUGGAGUCUACGUGUUCACAUACCAGUCAUUAUAACUGCUAUUUGAUGCUAUUUGAAACUCUGUAUUUUCAAGGCAAGUUUCCGGAAUGUAAGAUAUGUGGUGAGGUGAGCAAGCCGAAGGAUAAAGACAUUGUUCCUGAAAUGGUAUCCAAACUCCUAACGGGCGCAGGCGCUCGUGGUGAUGGUCCGUCAGCCAAUAUGCAACAACAAUGGAUUGACUUGAAAUCGGCCAGAAGCUUCACCGGCGGAUUUCCUCAGUUUACGCCACAGGAGCAGCUGAUUCGUACAGCCGAUAUUUCAUGUGAUGGGUUCAGAACACCACAGUUAUCGAACAGCGAUCAAUUUGAGGCCGCUAGCUACCUUGAUAGCCCAUUUUUGAGUCCACCAUUUAUUAAUCGAAUGGUAACUACAGACCCUUUUAAUUUGAGCGAUGAUGAAAAAUUUGACAAUGAUGAUGAAAUAAACGAAAGCCCUGCUGAAGUGUGGUUUAGUGAAACGGAAGGUGGGAAAGUGAUGGUCAGCGUAAAGUUCCCAGAAAUGCAGGGCAGUGAUGAUCUAGAAGUGCUGAAAGAUGCGAAUCAUGUAAACCGCCAAGAGCUAGAGGACAGGGAAAAGGAAAGGAAGAAGAUAAUCGACCAAUAUAUAGAAACAAAUGUGGAUAAGGGUAGGGAAUUCGGUAGCUUAAUUUUGUUCGACAAAAUAAUGUAUUCUGAUGAUGGCGAACAAUGGGUAGACAAUAACCUUGUAAUACUAUUUUCCAAAUUUUUAGUUUUGUUUGAUUAUGAAGAGAUGAACAUUCUGGGUAAGAUUCCAAGAGACCAGUUUUACCAGGUAAUCAAAUUCAAUGAAGACGUGCUACUUUGCAGUUUGAAAAGCACUAAUAUACCUGAAAUAUACCUAAGAUUCAGCGGAAACUGCGAGAAGUGGUUGCUCCCCAAAUGGAAGUAUUGCCUAGAAAAUGCUUCAUUGGAGGCACUGCCACUGUGUGAAAUUGUUUCUACGGUGAAGGAACUCUCUAAUGUGGAUAUAUUGGGCGCUUUAGGGACACCGCCCAAUAUUGCAGCAGCGCAAUCCAAUAAUCCCCGUCUACCAUGGAAGAGAUUACAAAAUGAGACGCCACUGAAGCUUAUUCUAUGUUUGAAUUUGUCGCAUUCCGGCGGGGAAUCGUAUCGCAAGGAAGUUUUAAAGAACGUUCAUCAAAUAUUGGACGAACUAAAUACAAACGAUUUGGUGGGCAUAGUUGUUGUUGGAAGAGAUGGAUCCGGUCUGGUAGGCCCAUUUGGCACCUUUAUCGGAAUGAUAAAUAAAAAUUGGGACGGAUGGACAACCUUCUUGGAUAAUUUAGAAGUCGUUCAUCCUGACGUCUUUCACGAUGAAAAGCAACGGUAUAAGGUCACUCUACAAACUUGUGUAAGAUUAGCGUCAACAAGCGCAUACGUAGAUGCAUAUGACCACCUUGGAACUGAGUAUGCCAAGCAAAUCUUAGUCCUAAAUGGUAGUGACGUUGUUGAUAUAGAACACGAUCAGGAAUUGAAAAACGUCUUUGACCAGUUAUCUGACUGUUGGAGAUACGAAAUUUCGCAACGUCGCAUGACUCCCACGAAUACUAGCAUCAAGCAAUUCUUAGAGGAAUUGCAUACUAAGCGCUAUUUGAACGUGACUCUUCGUCUGCCACAAGCUACAUCCGAGCAAGUAUAUUUGGGGGACAUGCCCGCGGGUGAACAAAAAACACGUCUAAUUCAAGAUGAACACCCGCAUUCCAGCUUGAUAGAAAUAGAAUACUUUGAUCUCAUAAAGCAGCAAAGGAUUCACCAGACCCUAGAAGUCCCAAGCCUCUAG